GCCGUACUCUAAGGGUACACAAUUAAAGCGAUGUGAGCUUUUUUACAUUACUAAUCACCUUUUUCAUUCGUGUAUAAGUUGCCUUGUCAUCUCCUGGUUGGCGCUAAUUUUUCUUCAGACCAAGUCAGAUUCACCAUGACGGAUACAGAGACGGUAAAAAUUCCACGGGGCCAGGUGAGAAGAGUGGCCAUUAUUGGCGGCGGAGCUUCCGGCGCGGUGACCCUCGACGCAUUUAUCAAGGAACGGGCGUUUGACGAGAUUCAUUUGUUUGAGAGAAGAUCGGUUGCGGGGGGCGUGUGGGUCUUGGAUGAGCAUAUUGAUCAGAAGCAAAUAGUGGGCCGGGUUGCCCCCGGGGCCAAGCCAGAAGUGCUUGAUCCACCGUUGCCUAUCCCUGUGUUGCAAGAGGGCCAGUCCUUGGUGAAGACUCCCAGUUCACAGUUCAGAUUCAGGGAAACCCCGUCAUACGAGGGGAUACGAACAAACAUCCCCGAGGUGUUUAUGACCUACUCCGACAGACCAAGGUGGAGUCAUUUGGACCAACCAGAAGUGGACACCUUGACCACCAGAGACGUCGUGCAGAGCUACGUCGCUGACUAUAUUAACAAAAACGAAGGAGACAAAACCCACGAAAUUUUCUACAACACCACCGUGGAAAAGCUCACCAAAAAAGGCUUAAAGUAUGAACUCGAUAUCAGAACAGAGGUUCCAGGCUCAGACUUCGAGACGUGGAAAAAGUCCACUUACGACGCCGUGGUGGUUGCUACCGGUCAUUAUUCCAUUCCGAAAAUUCCUGACGUCCCGGGGUUGCAAAAGGUAUACGAGCGGUUCCCCGAGAAGUUGGAGCAUGCCAAGUUCUACCGCAACCUGGACAAGUACCACAACAAAAAGGUGUUGCUCAUUGGUUCCAGGGCCUCUGGGGUUGACCUUGGCCACCAGAUCUCCAAGGUGUCGUCCCAGGUGACGGUCUCUACCAGAAGCUUGGAGCGGUCUAUUCUUCAACCCACCCCUAGUUCUUUGUUUCAAAUCAAGCCAAUCAUUGAGCGCUAUUCGGUGGUGGAAGACCGUAUUACGGCUCACUUUUCUGACGGUACGGUACUUGAAGACCCGGAUUACAUCAUCUACGGGACUGGCUACUACUUCUCUUAUCCGUUUCUCAAACAACAAUACCCCGAUUUUGUGGCUCAGCCAUCGAAUGAAUACCUUCCGUUCUCUUUCCAGCACACCUUCUACGUUCACGAUCCGCUCAUCGCUACGGUUGGAGUUCCAAUCGAUUCCAUCAGCUUUCGUGCGUUCGAAUACCAGGCUGUUCUUAUUUCCCGCUUCUACUCUGGGAAGGCGGAAUUACCUUCCUUGCAAGACCAAUUGAGGUGGUGUCUGGCGCGCGUCAUAAAGGUUUCUGGUGAGAGACCGGACAGUAUCGAGAGAGGGGUCCAUACCAUUGGAAUCGUAGAGGCAGUUAGUUAUAGGGACGAGUUGACGGCUUUGGGUGGAGGUGUUUCACCCAUCGGCAGCGGGAAAGCAUUCCCAGUGUUUGGGGAGGCCGAAACCACCGAGAUUAUCAAGUUUGUACUACUGAAGGGGAAGGAGGUUCCGGAGGAGAUUCAGCAAAGGGCUAAGAGCUUUGCUCCUGUGCCUGUGAAUGUUUCCAUUUCCGUAUGAGCUGGCUCAUAUCGGAUAACCCUUCACCGCCAAGAUGUCUGCACGAAAUGUUUACCGCGGGAUUAGUAACUAGAUUUAGUAAUAAAGGUUUAAGACCCAUAUAAAGUGCUGUUCACCAAAGGCGGCCCGUUUGCAAGUGGUACAGAUUUAAACAGAUCCGACAAGCAGUACAUCGAUUAACUCUAACGCGGCGCCCAGACGGGCCAAUUAUGUUUAAAAGUGAAAGAUAUG